AUGAAUAUCAACACAAAGGGCACUCAUAUGGUGGUCAUCGUUGACAUGAGUAGUAAUAGCCGUCUUCUGGCGGAUUCGGCCCUAUAUUACCAAUGGUUGGACGCAUUGAUAUCGUACGCCAACUCUCACCUCUUGAUGUCUUCACUGAACAACUUAACGAUCAUCGGAACCAAUAGUUACGAAAACAAAGUCUUAUACCCAUUGAGCGAAUUGAACCAAAAGCUGAUGGACAGCAAGAGGAUGUCAAACGAGGGUCAGUACGAAGCGUUUCAUCGAGUGGUGCGGACCGUCAAAAGCAAUCUCAAGACAAUGUCACAAAACGCCAAACAAUUAUCACAGACAGAGAGCGACGCGAACAGCAGUUCCCCACUCAUGAGUGGCGCCAUUGCUAUGGCUUUGUGUCGUAUACAGCGGUUCAAAGAGGACCACAAGUGCUCUCGUAUUGUGAUUAUGAGCUGCACUUCAGAUCAGAGCACUUCCUAUGCGUCCCAAUACAUGAAUUUCAUGAACUGCUUCUUCGCGGCCCAGAAGAUGGGUGUUUGUGUGGACGCGUGUAUUGCUGGCGAUGACAGCUAUGGUGCGACCACUUCUCUGCUCCAACAGGGAUGCGACCUCACGGACGGCACAUACCUUCGGGUGCCUAACAUCUCCUCAUUCCUCGAGUACUUGCUUUGGUGUCUCUUACCGGACGCCGAGACGCGAACCAAACUGGUGUUACCCGAGCGCCAGAAGGUGUCCCAUUCGGCAACGGCACAUACCUUCGGGUGCCUAACAUCUCCUCAUUCCUCGAGUACUUGCUUUGGUGUCUCUUACCGGACGCCGAGACGCGAACCAAACUGGUGUUACCCGAGCGCCAGAAGGUGUCCCAUUCGGCCGCCUGUUUCUGUCACCGCAAUAUCAUUGACACCGGAUUUGUUUGCUCCGCGUGAGGAAUAUUCUUCUGGUGAGUGUGUGAGUGACACAUCCGACCUGUUUAACGGCACAUACCUUCGGGUGCCUAACAUCUCCUCAUUCCUCGAGUACUUGCUUUGGUGUCUCUUACCGGACGCCGAGACGCGAACCAAACUGGUGUUACCCGAGCGCCAGAAGGUGUCCCAUUCGGCUGCCUGUUUCUGUCACCGCAAUAUCAUUGACACCGGAUUUGUUUGCUCCGUCUGUCUGUCCAUAUUCUGCUCAUUCAGUCCCAUAUGCUCGACGUGUCACACAAUCUUUAAGUUGGGACCCAUUCCUCAACAUCUCAACAAAUCCAAGAAGAAGAUCAAAAUUAAAUAA